AUGUAUUCCUAUGAGAACAGGCUGGCCACGUUCAAAAACUGGCCAUUUACUGAGAACUGCCGAUGUACACCUGAAAAUAUGGCUGAGGCUGGAUUUCUACACUGCCCAACUGAGAAUGAACCUGAUAUCGCCACCUGCUUUUUCUGUCUGAAGGAGUUGGAAAGCUGGGAGCCUGAAGAUGACCCCUGGCUGGAGCACCAAAGUCACUCUCCAGCUUGUGCAUUCCUUGCUUUGAAAGCUGAUGUAUUGGAUCUGACUGUGGAAGAGUUCUUCAGAUUGGAAAUGGAGCGGCUGAAGUUAUACAUGAAGAAAGUUGCUUCAGAGCAAGUGAGUAUGUAUCGAGAAUCGGUUAAAGCUGCAAGAGUAAAAGUUCUGGAAAACUUGACAAACCCCAAGUUCAAUGCUGUUCGGAAGAAGUGA